GCCGUUCGCCUCUUUUCGAAGUGAGAAGUGAGAAGUGAGAAGUGAGAAGUGAGAAGUGAGAAUGGCUUUGAUCGUGGAGAAGACGUCGUCGGGGCGCGAGUACAAGGUGAAGGAUCUGUCCCAGGCCGACUUCGGCCGCCUUGAGAUCGAGCUCGCCGAGGUGGAGAUGCCCGGGCUCAUGGCCUGCCGCGCCGAGUACGGCGCCGCCAAGCCCUUCGCCGGCGCCUGCAUCUCCGGAUCCCUCCACAUGACCAUUCAGACCGCCGUCCUCAUCGAGACGCUCACCGCCCUCGGCGCCAAGGUGCGCUGGUGCUCCUGCAACAUCUUCUCCACGCAGGACCACGCCGCCGCCGCCAUCGCCCGCGAUUCGGCCGCGGUGUUUGCCUGGAAAGGAGAGACCCUCGCUGAGUACUGGUGGUGCACCGAGCGAUGCCUCGAUUGGGGCGCCGACGGCGGCCCUGAUCUCAUCGUCGACGACGGCGGCGACACUACGCUCCUCAUCCACGAGGGCGUCAAGGCCGAGGAGGAGUACGAGAAGUCGGGUAAGCUGCCAGAUCCGGCAUCCACGGAUAACGCCGAGUUCCAGAUCGUGCUCGGGAUCAUCCGCGAUGGACUCAAGACCGACCCUAAAAAGUACCAGCGGAUGAAGGAGCGGAUCGUGGGCGUCUCCGAGGAAACCACAACCGGUGUCAAGCGGCUCUACCAAAUGCAGGCUAGCGGCACUCUCCUGUUUCCUGCUAUCAACGUCAACGAUUCCGUCACCAAGAGCAAGUUUGACAAUCUAUAUGGAUGCCGCCACUCUCUCCCUGAUGGCCUGAUGAGGGCUACUGAUGUUAUGAUUGCCGGCAAGGUCGCCGUGGUCUGCGGCUACGGUGAUGUGGGGAAGGGCUGUGCUGCUGCCCUCAAACAAGCUGGUGCUCGUGUGAUCGUUACUGAGAUCGAUCCCAUCUGUGCACUUCAGGCCCUGAUGGAGGGCCUCCCUGUCCUCACACUAGAAGAUGUGCUUUCUGAAGCUGAUAUCUUCGUGACCACCACUGGAAACAAGGACAUCAUCAUGGUCGACCACAUGAAGAAGAUGAAGAACAAUGCCAUCGUCUGUAACAUUGGCCACUUUGACAAUGAGAUCGACAUGCACGGGCUGGAGACCUACUCGGGCGUCAAGCGCAUCACCAUCAAGCCCCAGACCGAUCGUUGGGUGUUCCCCGAGACCAACACCAGUAUCAUAGUUCUUGCUGAGGGCCGUCUCAUGAACCUCGGUUGUGCCACAGGCCACCCCAGCUUUGUGAUGUCUUGCUCCUUCACCAAUCAGGUGAUAGCACAACUGGAGUUGUGGAAGGAGAAGUCGACUCGAAAAUACGAGAAGAAAGUGUACGUGUUACCUAAGCAUCUCGACGAGAAAGUGGCUGCUCUUCAUCUCGGCAAGUUGGGAGCUAAGCUCACCAAACUUACUCCUGCACAAGCCGAGUACAUCAGUGUCCCAGUUGAGGGGCCAUACAAGCCUGCUCACUACAGGUAUUAGGAAUCAUAUGUGAGCGGCAAAGACAAAAGGCGAAGAUAGGAAGUAUCAAAGGCGUGAAGAUUUGUUGUUUCUUUUCCUAAGGAUAUCGAUCCAUUUCGAGUUCAACGAGGAAUAAUUAGGCUCGAGAAGUGAUGUAAUGGUUAGGGAAGUAAUUGUCCUUGGUAGUAAUUUCAACUGAAACAUAAACUGAGCAUCCUCGAAUGGUUGACGCCUAAAUUUGAUAGGA